AUCUUCAUAGUGGUAAUAUACUUGUUGAUCAUUACUAUGAUAUAAAAAUAGAUUUUGAAAUAAGCAAACCAGCAAAUUUGAUAACAGAUAUGAAAGAGAUAUAUGGAGUGAUUCCAUAUAUUGCAUCUGAGAUAUUUAUUGGAGAAAAAUAUACGAUAGCAUCAGAUGUUUACA